GGUAAACAAACAUGUCUGCUUGGUGUUAUAAGCUGAAACUUGUCGGCUGAAACUUUAAUUACAGAUAUAUAAAACAGAACAGAUGGCUUCCAAAACCAAAAACAUCCCACCAGAUUCCAAAAGGGUGGCAGUGAAAAGACAUGAUUCCUCCUUUGAUUUAUUGAAGGGGAAAACUCAACAUGUUGCUUCAAAGCCAAAACCUGCCAAUCAAGCAUCAAAGAAACCAGUGCAGAACAAGUCAAGGACUGUACCAAAGACAGAAGUAAACAGUAGUAAUAUAGUGAAGGAAGGUUUUGACAAAAAGGCUGAGCAACAAUUUGAAAGGAUGCUAGAGGGAAAACUUGACAACAUCCCAAACAUUCCCAGAUCUAUCGUCCGAAUCUUUAUCAGCUCGACAUUCUCUGACAUGCGGGCAGAGCGAAAUGCUAUUGUUCGGGAGGCAACACCAAAACUGCGAGACUUCUGUGCGGAACAUGACCUUGACUUCCAGAUGGUGGACAUGAGGUGGGGUGUGACAGACGACAGUCAGAAUGAUCACACUGUGGAGAAGAUUUGCUUACUGGAGGUGGAAAACUGUCAGAAAAUCUCCCUGGGACCUAACUUUGUGCUUAUAAAAGGCUCCAGAUACGGCUUCCGUCCCAUCCCUACUGAGAUAUCGUCGGAGGACUUCACACUACUUACCAGCUACACGACCAAUCCUGAACAUACAAAGCUGCUACAUACCUGGUUCAAGAAGGACGACAAUAGCCAACCCCCACAGUAUAUCCUACAGCAUAUCAGGUCAAAGUUUACAUUUUUUGGUGACUACUCACCGGGAUGUGAUGAGAAGCGGGCCAAAGACACGGAAAGUUGGCACCAAACAUUCAGACAAUUACAGUUAAUCCUCAGACAAGCUGCCAAAGCUGCUGCUGAUGCAGGCAAAAUGUCCUCCUGUGCCCUCCAUGAGUACUUCCAGUCAGUGACAGAGACAGAGAUAAAGAAAGGCUUACUAGAUGCCAAAGAUCCAGUUGCCCACACUGUGGUUUACUCCCGAACCUUAACUGGGCUCAACAAUGAAUCUUUGUCUGACAAGGAUGUCAAAAGAUACAUUGAGAUCAAAGACAAUAAUGGCAAGCUUGAAGUUGACACUGAGAUAGAGAGUCUACAGAACGAACUUUUCAAUAAAGUAAAGAAGAAACUGAAAGGCUUAAACCGACGUGAAUAUGGAACCCCAUGGAUACCUGGAGGUAUAGACCCAAACUCGAAUAAAUACCACGCAAAGUACAUCGAGUGUUUCUGUAAUGACUUUUUGUCGGACAUGAAAGUGCUGAUAGAGGACGGAAUGUCAGACUACCUACCGAAUAUCCGCUGGUCUGAAUGGUACACAGAUUACGCAGAACUGAUUCACCAUCUCCAGUUCUGUAACACCAAGUGUGAAACGUUCUGUGGACAGGCUGAUGUUCUUGAUAGUGUAAAGUCAUACAUCCUCACUGACACAUCACGCAAGCCCCUUGUUCUACAUGCUCCCUCAGGGGCAGGAAAGACAUCCAUCAUGGCUAUGAUCAUGAAAAAUCUGUCAUCCUGGUUGAAGAAGAAGCAUGUUGCAGUCAUCCGCUUCCUCGGCACAAGCCCUUUGAGCACCAACAUCUUUAAUGUUUUGUUUGGUGUGUGUGCACAACUCGCUGACAUCGCUAAUUUCAUCAUGGAUCCCGCGACGUAUAAGACAAUGAAAAAUUUGAUGGAAUAUUUACCAAGAUUCCUGAGGCGGGCGGCAAGUGCCAUCAAAGAUCCAAUCGUAAUCCUUCUUGAUUCUUUGGACCAGUUGACAGACGACCAUAAUGCAUAUUCGUUGGCAUGGUUACCCACUGCAUUGCCAUCGAAUGUGAAACUUAUUGUGUCCACAUUACCAGAAGAACAUGGUAUCCUGGACACACUGAGAGACAUACUCCCGAGCGACCAGAGUUACAUCGCUGUUCCUGAACUCUCGUUAAAAACAGGCAAGGAAAUAGUCAGUAAAUAUCUAAGUCGGAGGAAGCGAACUUUGAAUGACAUUCAGCUAAAGUACCUUCUGUCCCACUUCACUAAGAGGCCAGGUCCACUCUAUCUGAAGUUGCUAUUAGACGAGGCGGUCAAGUGGAAGUCUUAUACACCUGAACAGGAACAUGUACUGGCUGACACCGUCCAAAGUGCUAUCUCACAUUUAUUUCAAGACAUGGAAACUAAGUUUGGAAAGGUUUUCACUAAUCAUGCUCUUGGUUACAUCACUAUUGCAAUGAACGGUGCCUCGGAAACGGAGAUGGAAGACGUCCUCUCUUGUGAUGAUGAAGCUCUCAACGACAUAUACCAUUACCAUGACCCACCCGUAGAAGGUAUUGUUCGCAUACCGCCAGUCCUUUGGGCUCGUCUCCGCUACGAUCUCAAAGAAUACCUUGUAGAAAGGCGUUCUCACGGCAAGUAUACAUUGAAUUGGUACCAUAGACAAUUCACGGCGGUUGGACGUACAUUGUACACACAGGGAAAAGAUGGCCAGAAACUCCACAGAAACUUCUCCGAAAUCUUCAUGUACCAUUCAGUCAAGCGUAGCAUUCAGCUUCAAUGGAGGAAAAAAAGCAUUGCAGAUGCUGACCGACAAAUCACACCACAGGCUAUGGUGAGCAAGAACAUGAGAAUGCUUUCCUGUCUUCCUUACUACAUAAAUAAUGCGAAAGAAAUGAUAUCAUCAAACCUAGUCAAGGAAAAGUGCCUCUGCAAUUUUCACUUCCUGAAAGCCAAGAUUGCCGCAUUUCCUUUGACAGCACUCCUGGAGGACCUUACAGCAUUUGUGGCAAGGACAGAGGAUGUCGAGGGCCAGAAGCUAAGAUAUUUUUUUUCUAUGUGCAAAUUAGAAGAUCUUAGCAAUGAGGAAAAGUUUAGCGUCAGCCUGUUAUCCAAAAUAUCGCUGGUAGAGGGUGAAACCAACUUGAAAAGAUUGUUAGGGACAGCAUUAGAAUACCUAGAAUCUCAAAGAAAACCUUUGCUGAUCCCGAAAUAUGCCUGUAUGGCUCUUGGUGCCGACACCUCCAGUGCAAUGAAAGAUUCUCUCAAGGGCUGUGAAGAUAUCAUAAGUGUCGGCGGGGAGUCUAUUCUAUUACGGCUGAGUGGCAAGGAAUCAGACAAAGAAAGAAAAGAUGAUUAUGCUGUGUACAAUGCUGUUACAGAAGACCAACAAAAGGUCAGUCUCCCCGACACAUUCGGGAAUGGAAUGAUGCCAAGUUUGGACCGGGCUGGAAAGACUAUUUAUUAUUACAACAACGGACGAAUCAACGCGGUGAAUCUAUUCAGAAAAGUCACCAUGAGUACGAAGUUAUCUGAUAUGUCAACAGAACUGUCUGCAGAGACCAGCCCUGCCAUGUGGGCUUUUGACACAGAAUCCUCGUUCCUGGCCAUUCUUUUUUGUGAUAGAAGUAUCCUUCUGAUCGACUUCAGCUCCAUGAAGCCGAUCAGACAGAUGACCUUGACAGAGGACGCAGUUGAUGUUGUAAAUUUAGUGUGUACUGGCUGGGACAGUCCCGCAGUCAUUGUGACAGGGAACUGUGGCGAGACUGAAGAAGCCAAAGACAGCAAAGGAUUCAUCCGAAUGUUUCCAACCUCAGACAAAAACAAAGAUAUAGUUGCGAAAAUGCCCUUUUCAUUUUCAAGUCACCUUAUUUGUUUUGGAGCAUCAGAAGAAUUUCUUGUUGGACUUUGUAACAACGAAGUGUCAUGCAAACUGAUGGCAAUAGAACUAGAUGAGCUCGCUAUCAUGAGUAAGAUGUCUUUACCAGAUGUCAUGACUCAGAUAUCUGUUUCCAGGAAACAGCGACUAGCGGCGGUUCUGUCCAAACAGGGGUUGGUCACCUUAGUGAACUGGGAGGAAGGGACGGUCCUAAAUAAACUGUCUACUAUUGAGCCUGUGUCUUGUCUGUAUGUCAACUGGUCACACCGAUUGGCCAUGUUGGGGGACUCGAAGGGUCAGAUUGGGCUAUACAACAUACACACAAAUAGCCACUACGGCAUAGUGUCCGCCGCCCAUAAAAGUGACGUAGUUCGACUUGUUUGUGCCGAUGAUCAUCUUAUUUCCCUUUGUGUCAACAAGGAAUUGACAACAUGGUCCGUACCUGCCCUCACACAGAAUGCUACACAGUCUCUCAAGCAGGAAAGUGAUCCAAGCGGUCUGCUGGGCCAAACACAGGUUACCAGUGUCGACAUCACCCUUGACAGUCUAGAGCUUGUGGCAGCUUCACGGGAUAAUACUGUCAGCAUCUGGUCACUCAAUGACAUGUCUUUGAAAUGCGCCUUUGACAUCGGCAUCGUAGGAAAUAAGAUUCAGGUGAUAUCCAAAGAAAGCUGCGUGGCUUUAGAUAGAACCGCCGGGAAAAUGAAAAUUUUUCAAUUAACAAAUGGCGAAAGUGCUGUUGACUGUGAUCUUCCCAAAGGUGCGUUGGAUUUCACUGUUAGCCAAGACCGUUCACUCAUGUGUAUAAUCUGUAAGAAAGAGAAGGGACUUAUGGUUGACGUCAUGGACCUUAAGGUUGGACAGUCAAAGAAAGCAUUUUAUCUAAAAGGUGUUCCUGAAUACGAAGCUAUUGAUAUUAGUUUAAGUGCAAACAGUAGAUAUAUUUUGUUACGCAUCAAAGUGACCGAGGAGUACUACAAGGUUGUAGAAGAAUCUUGGAAAAAUGAAGAGGCUUUCUACAGUAAACCCCGCCGCCACCGGUUUAGCGCGGCAGAUUUGACCCAAGCCACAGGUGGACUUGUGCAUUGCUCGAGAACUGUGACAAAGUUUGCUCAACUUGGAGAGGCAAUCGUUGCAUUUCAAGGCAAUGUUGCUAUGAUUACAAGUCGCCGUUGGGUGUUGUUUUGGGAUAUUCCAACUGGCAGAUGUGACAAGAAGAUGAGUAAAGUGGAGAGAAAGGGAAUGGUGUCCCGUCCGGACUGGCUUGGGCAGGACGUCAACAGCACGCCAAUGACACUUGCCCAGAGCAACAAUGGGAAAUAUUUGGCUCUUGGGUUAGAACAAGGCUACGUCUUUAUUUACAGCACCGACUCCGGCCUACCUAUUACGAAAGAGUCAUCGUGUUCAAAACACACUACCUCGGUGAUACUGACAGUAUUUUCGCCAAAUAGUGAGUGGGUGGCUUCAGCAUGUCGCAACAACACAAUCAAGAUUUGGGAAGUCUCUACGGGGAAGGAGGUGUUCAGCAUUAAGGCCAAACUUGAGGUUAUCAGCAUUUGUUUUUCUUCCAACUCACAAACCCUGGUGGUGUCCAUUGGAUCCGAGGCCACUAGGCUACUGGUCUACAACUUCCACACAGGUCGCUAAUCGUAUGGUUCUUCGUUGUCACCAUACCUAAUCAACAGUGUUACCAUAGUCCAAGAGAUGUAACACCACGGGAACCUAACAUUGUUACAGUGGUUUUUGGUUUAUUGACCCGUGAACAACCAAGGUAAUUUGAAGGCGGGGUUUCUUUGUAGCAGUUGGUGACUACCACACUGAACAACAUCCAUGAGGCCCGUCGCAUGUCAUUUAAAGCAAUUAGGGAAAAGUGUCUUGUUCAAGGACACAAUCACGACAGCACAGACCGGCCAGAUUCUCAUCUUCCCGAGAAACACAAGCCGACACGGGUAGGGAGUGUCGAUUGUUUACCAUGGAGAACCAAUGUUACCAUAUUUCAACAAAAUGUAGCACCAUAAAAACCCGACAUUGUUACCAUGGGGAACCAACAGCGUUAUCAUAUGCCACAAAAAUGUAGGGACAUUGGAUCUCGAUAGUGUCACUGUGCGUAAUAGUACAGCUUGGAAACCCGACAUUACCAUAUAACAGCAAUUGAACAAUGCUACCACGAUGAUCCAACCGUAGCGACAAUUCCAUGACCGUGUCUCCAUAACAAGAUUAUGACAAUCAAAUACAUUUACCGCGAACUAGUAGGCGAUAACAUGGUCCAAUAUACAGAGGUCACUGUGGGGCCAAACGUUGGGGUCAUUUGAAAGUUUACCCUUUAUGAACGGUUUCAGGAUAUUUUUUCUAAUUUAAUUUUCAGUUGUUACGGUACAGUGCAUGUCGAUAGGUUCAGUUUGUAUACCUGAAACUCUGCCAUGAUAUUUACUAGGAUGUCUUAUUUAGCAACAACAACCGUCAAAUUCUCCAAUUGCCUUUCGCCAAUCUACAUAAAUCCUUCAAAAUACUGUCGCUUUCUCUACCUAUUAAGUGCAUUGUGCAUCUCGGAUAUACGACCAAUUUCAUUAAUUCAAACAAGCCUACAAUGAUGUAACAGAAAGUUGAAAAUAAGAAUAUUUGAAUUGGUCAUAGCAAGCACGUAUUGUGACAUCACGUAACACGAAUCCCUUUAUGUUGUUGACGAAAAGUCCGUUUUUAUUAGGUAUGAUUUAAGGGGCAUCUAAACAGCAAAUCCAGUCAAAACAUUGAUAUUUUACAGGCCUAUAAAUCCCUAUUAUGGUGCAAUGUCACAGAAGUAACAUGAUGAACU